AUGUUGUUCCUCGCCCAUCUGCGUGCGCCGAGCUUGCGCCACCGCCGCCACAACGUCGCGCUGGCGAUCGAUCAGCCUCAGCAGAGCCUGCAUGAGGCGAUCGCCAGCGUCGGCGCCCGCAUCGGCGAGACGGGAGAGCUGCUCCACCUCGACCGCAGGCGGGCGGCGGCGGGCGAGCUCGAGGCACAGUCGGCGAGUGAGGGCUUUUGGGAGGACGCGGACGCGGCGGAGGCGACACUGCGGACCCUCGCAGAGCACAGAGCCGUCCUCGAGCAGGCGGCGCGGUGGGAGGCGGCGGUCGAGGACGCAAAGGCGGCGGCCGACCUCGAGGAGGCUGAGCUGGUGGAGGAGGCGUCCGCGGCGCUUGCCAGCCUCGACGGCGAGCUCGAUGCGUGGGAGCUGCGCUCGCUGAUGGGCGGCGCGCACGACUCGUGUGGCGCGGUGCUCACUCUCACUGCGGGCGCGGGGGGCGUGGACGCGCAGGACUGGGCCGAGAUGCUGCUGCGGAUGUACAGGCGGUGGGCGGAGGGCCACCCGAGCGGGUAUCGCGUGACGCUGACGGAGAGAACCGAGGGCGAGGAGGCGGGCAUCAAGUCGGCGGCGCUCACCAUCGACGGCCCGUACGCUUACGGCCACCUCAAGGCGGAGCGAGGCGCGGCCGCCGCCAGGGGCACGCACCGGCUCGUGCGGCUCUCGCCCUUCAACGCGGCCAACAAGCGGCAGACCAGCUUCGCGGGCGUCGAGCUGAUGCCCCUCCUGGGCGAGGAGGAGGCGGGCCGGGUGGAGAUCCCGCCCGCCGACCUAGAGGUGACGACGAUGCGAGCGGGAGGCGCGGGCGGCCAGAACGUCAACAAGGUUGAGACGGCGGUGCGGGUGAGGCACCUUCCGUCGGGGCUGGUGGUGCGGUGCCAGCAGGAGCGGUCGCAGGCGCGGAACCGCGAGAUUGCAAUCUCGAUGGUCAAGGCGCGGAUGCUCGAGGCGAUGGAGGCGCAGCGGGUGGACGAGCUCGCGCAGAUCCGGGGGGAGGCGAUCGCGGCCGAGUGGGGGCAGCAGAUCCGGUCGUACGUCCUCGCGCCGUACAAGAUGGUCAAGGACGCGCGCACGGGCCACGAGACUCCGCAGGCGGAGGCCUCCGUGCUCGACGGCGAGCUCGGAGGCUUCAUCAACGCCUACCUGCGGUGGGCCGCUGCGGCGGAGCGAGACCAGCGCGCGGAAGGCAGCUGA